GGGUCCCGUUACAGUCGCUAUGGGCGGGCUCUCCCCGUGACUCGGCGGAUCUGGAGUGGGCCUGCGGAUGGGCGAGCGCGGAGACGCGGUAGAUGCUUCAGAGAUGUCCAGCAAGUUGAAGAGCCGUCCUGCUGAAAAUGUAGAGCAUCACAAGAGAAAAAUGGAGAACGGAACAGACAGUGUGGCUGCCCCUGCCCUUAGUACCUAUACCCCAGAAGAGAUGGUACAACAGAUGAAGGAACUAAUCACUGAGAACAAUGAGUUAAAAGAAGCCAUGAAGUUGCAUAACCAAGCUAUGAAGGACCGGUAUGAGGAGCUUUCCAUCUGGCGAGAGAAGCAGAAAGAAGAAAGAGAAUUUUUUGAGUCGAAGUUUAAGGAGGCUAAGCAGCGCUUGCUAGCCAAGUGCACUGAAAAUGAACAGCUACAGCAGCAGCUUCAGAGCUUAAAGGAAAAAGAAGAAGGACCUGAAAGGGAGACCUGCACGGCUCUCAAGAAGGAAGUGAGUCAGCUGAAGUCCCAGUUGCAGCGGCUCCAGGCUGAGAAGGCAGAUCUGCUGGCUAUCAUUUCAGAACUGCAUAUCAAGCUGAAUACGGCCUCAGCAGAGGAUUCCUUUGUGGAGAUUGAAAUCACUGAAGAAGAAAUGAAAAGAACUGCAAAGGAACAUCAAGAGAAUACUGGUGAAAUGACCAGUAAUGUUGCUGUCUACAUCAGGAGCAGACCUGCAGAUGAAUCUAAGAAUUUGGAGUCUCAGGAGCUAACUGUGAGCCAGCUGCUCUGCUGCCUUAGAAAAGAAACUCAGAAGAGGGAAGAACUUGAGAAGGACCUGCAGGAGCACAAGGAGAGACUGUCAAAGCUAGAGAAGGAAAGCAGCAACUGCCUGGAGAGUGGGACACAAACUGAACAGGAAGAGGAGAGUUCAGAGGCUGUUGGCAGUGAAGUAGAAGCCCUGAAUUUGCAAGUCUGUGCUCUGUUUAAAGAGCUUCAGGAAGCCCAUGAGAAGAUAAAAGAAGCAGAAUUGAUUCAGAAGAAGCUUCAAGAAAAGUGCCAAGUACUGGAAAGAAAGAGCGUGGCUGCUGCAGCAGAACUGGAAGAGAAGCAGCAGCUAAUAUACACUGUCAGAAAGCUAGAACUUCAGGUGGAGAGCAUGCAGGCAGAGGUCAAGCUGGAACAAGCCAAGACACAUGAGGAGAAGGCAAGAUACAGUAGCUUGCAGGAUGCUUAUAGCAAAGUCCUUCCUCAACUCACUGAGGCAAUGAAAACAAUCGAUCAGAUGAAACUCAAAGAGCUGGACAGAGUGGAUAAAGUGGUGGUGGAGCAACUAACUGCAAAGGUGGAACUGGCAGAACAAGCCCUUGCUGCAAAGCAGCUCCAGAUAGAUGAAAUGAAGCAGCUAAUUGCUAAGCAAGAGGAGGACCUUGAAACCAUGGCUGUGCUCCGUGCUCAGAUGGAGGUUUAUUGUUCUGAUUUCCAUGCUGAGAGGGCAGCCAGAGAGAAGAUCCAUGAGGAGAAGGAGCAGUUGGCUGUCCAGCUGGCACACCUGCUGAAAGACCAGCAAAACCUGGAAGAUCUUAGCCGAAACCCUCUGGCGGAGAUGCAGAGUCGGCAUGGAGCCAGGGCACUGGAUCGGGAGCACUCACCUUGCCUUGUCCAAAGAGGAACUGCUAGUCAACGCUGGCCAGAGGAGCGGAGUAUCUCAAUAUAUUCAUGUCCCAAAUGUGAAGAAAUUCUACCUGAUCUGGACACACUGCAGAUUCAUGUUAUGGACUGCAUUAACUGAGUGAUGCCCUCCAGUUCUUAAUCGUUAUUGAAUCUGACCUGCCAAAUACAUCCUGCUUGAAUAAAGUUCAACUCUAUAUCCCAUGAA